CUCCAACAUUAAUCCAAAUUGCCUAUCCACAUUAUUAAUAUUAAUUAUAUGAAUGUAGAUAUGGAUCAUGUCAGCGACAGCACCACUCAUGAUAAAAAAAAAUGUGAAGAAAAUAAGAAGAAAAUGUACAAAGGAGUUAGAAAGAGAAAAUGGGGAAAAUGGGUAUCUGAAAUAAGGCUACCAAAUAGCAGAGAAAGAAUAUGGUUAGGGUCACAUGAUUCUGCUGAAAAAGCAGCUAGAGCAUUUGAUGCUGCACUUUACUGUCUCCGUGGUCGUCAUGCUAAUUUCAAUUUCCCUGACACACCUUUCAAUUUGGUUAAUAAUGUUAAUAACUAUAAUAAUUCCCUUACCCCACAACAGAUUCAACAAAUUGCUUCUAACUUUGCCAACAACAUUAACCAACCACCAACUAAUGUUGUUGAUAAUAAUAAUCAUAAUAAUGCUGCCUCCUCUUCUUCUAAUACAAGUACUAUUGAUUGGACUUUUUUGAAUGCCUUGGAUGCUUCAACCGAAGAUGCUAAUUUUAUUCAUAAUUAUGGUGACUUAGAAAAGAUGCAUUCUGGUGAGUUAUUGUAUUCAAUUCCACCACCAUUUUUUGAGGAUGAUAAUAAUCGGAACCAAAUUGAAGCUAAUAUUGAUGCUGGUGAUUAUGAUGACCCUUUUUCUCAUCCAUCAUUCCUUUGGAAUUGGAACUUCUGAUUUUCAAUCCUUCAAGCUAGCUACUCUCUCUUUCAUUGUUUUUUUUUCAUUAUUAUAUUUUUUGCUACCAUAUUGUAUAUGUGUUGUUAAUUUGUUUCUUAAUAUACAAUAACAAGGAGUUGAUUAAUCUCAGACCAUAAAAUUUGUAAGUGGCCCGGUUGGUUUUUUCUGUGAUAGGAGUACAUAUAUUUCUAUUACACCGAUUAGUGCAACAUACCAAGCUACUAGCAUGCAUGGAUGCAUUUCCCUUUUGCAAUAAAUAAAUGUUUGUACUAUAUAUAUAUUGGUUCAUAAUUUUGAGUCA